AUGAGCGGGGUGUGGGAGACCGGGGAGCCUCGGUGCCAGGCGGCGCUCGCGGUCCUGGCCUCGCUGUGUCGGGCUCGGCCGCCCCCUCUCGGGCUGGACGUGGAGACUUGUCGGAGCUUCGAGCUAGAGCCCCCAGAGCGGAGUCCGAGCGCUGCCGACGCAGGCACCUCUGUCAGCCUCCUCACAGUGGUAGUUAUUGUGUGUGGCGUGGCCCUGGUGGCAGUUUUUCUCUUUCUCUUUUGGAAGCUGUGCUGGAUGCCCUGGAGGAACAAGGAGGCCUCCAGCCCCUCCUCUGCUAACCCCUCCCCGGAGGCCCUCCAGAGCCCCAGCUCCAGAGGCAACAUGGCGGACAAGCUGAAAGACCCCAACACCCUGGGCUUCCUAGAGGCAGCCGUGAAGAUCAGCCACACAUCCCCAGAUAUCCCUGCCGAGGUGCAGAGGUCGGUCAAAGAGCACAUCAUGCAUCACACACGGCUGCAGCGACAGACCACAGAGCCAGCGUCAUCCACCAGGCACACGUCCUUCAAGCGCCACCUGCCACGGCAGAUGCAUGUCUCCAGCGUGGACUACGGCAAUGAGCUGCCCCCUGCGGCGGAGCAGCCCACCAGCAUUGGCCGCAUCAAGCCCGAGCUCUACAAGCAGAAGUCAGUGGAGGGGGACGAUGCCCAAACCGAGGCCAAGACCUGCGGGAAGAUCAACUUCAGCCUGCGCUACGACUACGAGAACGAGACCUUGAUCGUGCGCGUCCUGAAGGCCUUCGACCUCCCCGCCAAGGACUUUUGUGGCAGCUCUGACCCUUACGUCAAGAUCUACCUCUUGCCUGAUCGCAAAUGCAAGCUGCAGACACGGGUGCACCGCAAGACCCUGAACCCCACCUUCGAUGAGAACUUUCACUUCCCCGUGCCCUAUGAGGAGCUGGCUGACCGCAAGCUGCAUCUCAGUGUCUUCGACUUUGACCGCUUCUCCCGCCAUGACAUGAUCGGGGAGGUCAUCCUGGACAACCUCUUUGAGGCCUCUGACCUGUCCCAGGAAACCUCCAUCUGGAAGGACAUCCAGUACGCAACCAGUGAAAGCGUGGAUUUGGGAGAGAUCAUGUUCUCCCUCUGCUACCUGCCCACAGCAGGCAGGCUCACCCUCACUGUGAUCAAAUGUCGGAACCUCAAGGCGAUGGAUAUCACAGGCUACUCAGAUCCAUACGUCAAAGUGUCCCUGCUUUGUGACGGGCGGAGACUGAAGAAAAAGAAAACCACCAUAAAGAAGAACACCCUCAACCCCGUCUACAAUGAGGCCAUCAUCUUUGACAUUCCCCCGGAGAAUAUGGAUCAAGUCAGUCUGCUCAUCUCGGUUAUGGAUUAUGAUCGAGUGGGCCACAACGAGAUCAUAGGAGUCUGUCGUGUGGGGAUCAGUGCCGAAGGCCUGGGCAGGGACCACUGGAACGAGAUGCUGGCGUACCCGCGGAAGCCCAUCGCACACUGGCACUCCUUGGCGGAGGUAAAGAAAUCCUUCAGAGAGGGAAACCCUCGGUUGUGA